AUGACAGGUGGCUAUACCUGUUCCCGGUGCCUUCAGGGCCUCCGGAAGGGCCCUCAAGCCUCAAGACACCACAUUCGUCUCUCAAACUUGCCCCAUUCCCGACAAAGGUGCAGCGUCUCUCCGUCUUGGGUCCGCAGCUUUGGCUCCCAACGCAAUGGACGCUCACCGGGUACAACCUUGCCAGAGCAAGGGAAGGCUGUCUCCGGCGCGUCAGGCACGUCCUUAAAACCCACCCCGACACCCUCGCUCGCCCAGCGCGCUGCAGCCUCCACGACAGCCGGUUCCUCCGUCGAUCCGCGAGCACUCCUGAAACCAAACAACCUGUUCCACUCGUUCUCCAACUCGCCCGCUCCAGGCAUCCGCCAGCGUGCGGCAUUCAUUAAGCAGAAUGCCUUUUGCCCUCACCCGAGUCACGAGCAGACCCGCGCCCCCGUCUCACCGCACGACCCGGAAGCGCGCAAAUCGACCGACAACACAAGUCUUGCCCCCGCGCACUCUCACUUCGAAUGUCCCGACUGCGGUGUCCCCAUUUACUGCUCUGAGGGCCAUUGGAUGGACGAUUUUGAGGCCCAUCUCGAGAUCUGCGACACUAUCCGCCAGAUCAACGAGGAUGACCACGACCUGCACUCUGGUCGCUUUUUCCCGGAGUUCUCGUACCCCGGCCUGCAGGAUGAGAAUUUUGUGAUCAACAUGACCAAUUGGGAUACCUUUCUCUACACGCGCGAGUUCGAUGCUAUCAACUCCGAUCGCAGCAUGCGUCAGGUCACCCGCAUGCUGACCUACCCGCAAACCAUUGCUAGUGUCUUGCAUGAACUGAGUCCCUACAGCUUGCGCAACAGUGGGCGAUUGACAGCGGAAGGGCUUAAGAGCGUAACCGGUAAGUCGGAAGUCUGCCCAAUUCGUGUUUCGCAGCUGCUAAAUUCUUGUGCUUAG